AUGUCCGACGACGAGCAGCACCAGCACAACUUUGACCAGGCUUCCGCCGGGGCCUCGCUCACCUUCCCCAUGCAAUGCUCGGCCCUCCGCAAGAACGGCCACGUCGUCAUCAAGAGUCGCCCUUGCAAGAUCGUCGACAUGUCCACCUCCAAGACGGGCAAGCACGGUCACGCCAAGGUCCACCUGGUCGCCAUCGAUAUCUUCACUGGCAAAAAACUGGAGGAUAUCUGUCCCUCUACGCACAACAUGGAUGUUCCCAACGUCCGCCGCAACGAAUACCAGCUCGUCAACGUCGACGACGGCUUCCUCAACCUGAUGACGACCGACGGUACCGCCAAGGACGACGUCAAGGUCCCCGAGGGCGAGCUCGGCGAGAAGAUCGCGGCCGAGUUCGAGGAGGGCAAGGACCUCCUCGUCACCAUCGUCUCCGCCAUGGGCGAGGAGCAGGCCAUUUCCUACAAGGAGGCCCCCAAGGGCGCUUAA